AUGUCGCAAAACAGGCCUGGAGGAGUCUUUUCGGGCUUGCGCAUGGGCGAAGUGGUACGAGAAAAGGUGCAGGAUGGACUGACCGGCGAGACUCGAGAAAUGCAGUAUACGCAAUGCAAAAUCGUUGGCAAUGGUUCAUUCGGUGUGGUCUUCCAGACGAAGCUGUCUCCCAGUGGAGAGGAUGCUGCCAUCAAGCGUGUGUUGCAAGACAAACGAUUCAAGAACCGUGAGUUGCAGAUAAUGCGGAUUGUCCGGCAUCCCAACAUCGUCGAACUGAAGGCCUUCUACUACUCCAAUGGUGAACGCAAGGAUGAAGUCUACCUCAACCUUGUCCUCGAGUAUGUUCCUGAGACCGUUUACCGAGCCUCGCGCUACUUCAACAAGAUGAAAACCACGAUGCCCAUCUUGGAGGUCAAGCUCUACAUCUACCAACUCUUCCGCUCCCUAGCCUACAUUCACUCACAGGGCAUCUGCCAUCGAGAUAUCAAACCUCAGAACCUUCUCCUUGAUCCCACAACAGGAGUGUUGAAGCUAUGCGAUUUCGGAAGUGCAAAGAUUCUGGUUGAGAACGAGCCCAAUGUGUCCUACAUCUGUUCACGUUACUACCGCGCCCCCGAAUUGAUUUUUGGAGCAACAAACUAUACCACAAAGAUCGACGUCUGGUCAACUGGCUGUGUUAUGGCUGAAUUGAUGCUGGGCCAACCUCUCUUCCCUGGCGAGUCGGGUAUCGACCAACUUGUCGAGAUCAUCAAAGUCCUAGGUACUCCAACCAGAGACCAGAUCCGAACCAUGAAUCCCAACUACAUGGAGCAUAAGUUCCCCCAAAUCAAGCCUCAUCCGUUCAACAAGGUCUUUCGAAAGGCAUCCCCUGACGCCAUUGAUUUGAUCUCUGCUUUGUUGGAGUAUACACCAACUCAGCGUCUCUCGGCCAUCGAUGCGAUGUGUCAGCCUUUCUUCGAUGAGUUGAGAGAUCCCAACACUCGUCUUCCAGAUUCUCGUCAUGCUAGCGGUAGUUCCCGCGAACUUCCCCCUCUCUUCGACUUUUCACGCCAUGAACUCUCCAUUGCUCCACAUCUCAAUACCCAACUUUGCCCUCCUCACGCACGAACCAUUCUCGCAUCCAAAGGUCUAGACAUAGACAAUUUCCACCCACUCUCCAAAGACGAGAUGAUGGCACGACUUGAUUGA